AUGGAUGGAGACGGAGAGGAACGUGUCAGUGCCAAAAGAUCGAGUGAAGAAGGAGACUGGAUAAGCAAUUUUCCAGAUUCAUUGAUAAUUCAGAUCCUCUUGAAUCUCCCCACGAAGGAUGUGGUCAAGUGCAGCGUAUUAUCCACUAGAUGGAGAAAUCUCUGGAAAAAUGUACCUGUAUUGGACUUGGACAUUGACGAUUUCCCAGAGCAAGACUCAUUCGUGAGUUUCGUCGAUAGAUUUCUAGGUUUCAACAGCGAUUCCUGCUUAGAGAGUUUUAAGUUAAAGUACGAUCACUGUCAAAUAGUUCCUCUCCGGCGUUGGAUCAACACUGUUGUUGGGCAGAAAGUUCAAAAUAUCGAUCUUUUGGAUGAUUCUUUCGAGAGUUGGGAUUUUCAGAUGCCUCCAAGCCUUUACACUUGCGAGAGCUUGGUUUCCUUAAAGCUCAGCGGCGUAACAUUGCCUAGCUUGAGCCCCAAGUUUGUCUCUUUACCUUCUCUCAGAGUUAUGGAUCUAACUAUAGUUCACUUUGCCGACGAAUUGGCUUUAGAAACGCUCGUCUCUCUCUGCCCUGUUCUCGAAAGGUUAGCUAUUGAAAGGAGUUUCUCUGAUGGUGUUGAAGUUUUACGUGUGUGUUCUCAAUCUCUGUUGAGCUUCACUCAUGUUGCGGAUUGUAAUGACCGUUUGGAUGAAGAUUUAGUAGUUGAGAUUGAUGCUCCUAGGCUUGAGUAUAAGAAGCUCAGUGAUGAUCGAAUUGCAAGUUUCGUAAUAAAGAGUCCAAAUUCCCUUGUGGUGGCGUGUGUUGAUACUACGUUUAACUUGGAUUUAAGAGAGAAUUUUGAUGCAAAUGAUGUACACAAGAGAAAUAUGAUUCGUGAUUUUCUCGUCGCUAUCUCUUGUGUCAGAAAUAUGAUCAUUGCUUCCGAUACUCUUGAGGUCAUUUAUGAGUACUCAAGAUUUGAACAAGUACCAUUAUUCAAUAACCUAUCUUUCUUGCGUGUUCAAUUCACUGGCUACAGAUGGGAAAUGUUGCCAAUCUUUCUUGCGAGCUGCCCGAAUCUAAAGUCUCUUGUCGUGGAGUCUAGUGGAUAUCCGGAGAAGGAGGGAAGUCGUGUUAUAUCUGGACCACGGUGUCUCCUAUCGUCUCUGGAGUAUGUUGAGAUAAAAAGGCCAUUGAAAGGAGAGGCCAUGGAGAUGAAACUAGUGAGUUACUUACUUGAGAACUCGAAAAUCCUCAAGAAAGUUACCUUAUGCAUGGAUGGUUCGGGUUCCAGAAAGAAAGAAGAAUCUGUCAUCUUCAAAGAACUCCUUAACAUUCCGAGACUCUCUAGCUCAUGCCAAGUUUUAGUUCUCUGA